AUGCCAACGAGGCAUCUUGACCGACGACAGUAUAUCGACUCGAGCCGCGACCAGAGACUGCAAACGGUAAACAGCUCGGGGCCGAAAAGGACCAAGGUUCCCACCCGUGCCCAUCCCAUCGCCUGUCCAUACGCCAUGGUAGGCCAGUACGAACCCGACCAGGCAUUAUGUCGCCGGUACGCGCCGUUUGCAUCGAGCCUCGAGCGACAGCAGUUUGUCAUUAUAUACGUCAUCUACUGGGCCAUAAAAAUUAUACAAAAGGCGCCCAAGGACGCAUACGACGACGACAAACUGCAAGCCGAGCUCAUCGGCUCGACCGUCGAGGGAGGGCCCAUAGUGCGAUUUCUCGAGCCCCUUGCCUCGUCAUGUCACCGGGGAGAGAUACUUGGAUAUGGCGGUGAGCGACCAAUCGUUGCAUAUCGCAAGGGACUCGUUGCAUUCGUGCCCGAGCGGGCAUCGAUGGCGCCAAGCAAGCAAGCCUGGAGCGACACCACAGAAGAGUGUCCGUCCAUCAGGACACCUGACUUGGGGUCGGAAAGGCUAGGAGAUUUGAUAUCGCAGUGUUAUAAGAACGUGUAA